AAGUUAACAGAACAAAAGUGGAAUGUAAUCCCUAUUUAUUGCACGAUUCCUGCAGACUUGCUCACACCUGUUGGAGCUUAUUUACGUAUUGCAGAACAAAGCAAAUAUUCUUUUCUUUUUGAGUCAGUGACAGGAGGAGAAAAAAUUGGGAGAUAUACUUUUCUUGGUACAGAUCCAUAUAAAGUGCUUAAGAUAGGAGAUAAUGAAGAUAUCACAGGAGAUCCUUUGAAGGUGCUUGAGGAAGAAUUGAAAUCUAUCGAAUAUAUUAAUUUGCCUGGAAUUCCUUUAUUUACAGGUGGUGCUAUAGGAUAUAUCGCUUAUGAUUGUGUGAAAUAUUUCGAACCACGAACAGCACGCGAAUUAGGUGAUCCGUUAGGAAUUCCGGAUGCAGCUUUUAUGCUUUGUGAUACAUUGGUCGUUUUUGACCAUUUAUAUCAAGUUAUAAAUGUG